ACAUACAUCCGCACACAGAGCGCACACAGAUCGAUGAACAGGAAAAGAUUGAUGUAGACAGAAAAACAGUCGAGAUAUGUGACUGUCUUUCAAGAUGACGUUGCUGUUGUUCAUUCUUUGUUUUUGGAACAUUCCUUUAUUGGCAUCAUCCAAUCCAAACAUAAACUGCCUUAUCAUAAAUCUGGAAUAUGUGAAUUGUACGUGGACUGAGCAGGGAAACCAAAAGCACCAAUACACAUUUGAGUGGAGGUUUGGGAAUGAUGUUGAACUGAAAUGUCUUAAAUAUCACAAGAUGAACGGUGCUAACGUGGGCUGCAUGUUUCCAUACGCUGAAACUAAAAGAUUUAAUUCGCUAGACACGUGGUUGUAUUAUAACAAUGGCAGUUUGGCGAAAAACCAGAAGCAUCAACUGAAAAAAGAGGUGAAGCUUUACCCUCCGUAUAACCUGACUGUUGAGGCGAGAAAGGCCACCGAACUGUGGCUUCGUUGGAAUGUCACGUUUAAAAAUUUUAAUUGCAUUGAAAGUGAAGUUCGCCACAGGAUGGGCAACAUGGACUGGCAGAACAAAAAAACAUUAAACUCAAACCUCUUCAGCUUACCCUUCCCCUCCAAAAAACGGUACGAGUUCCAGGUCAGGGUCCGGGUGGAGUCAGCUUGUGGAGAGUCCAAGUUUUGGAGCGACUGGAGCGAGCCGGUGUACUGGGGACCUUCAAAGCCAAACAAUAACACAGCCAGCCCAGUUUCAAUGACGAUGACAUCGGUGGUGUUGUAUACGAUAGGAGCUGCAAUACUGCUUGUCAUACUCUCCUGCUUGCUGGUCCACAGCGAAAGAUUAAGGAUAAUCUUGAUACCGGUGAUGCCAAACGCAGGACAAAAUGUGAGCAAAUACCUUGCUGCGUUUUUCGACAACUAUGAUGGCAACACAGAGAAAUGGCUCUCCAUCUCCAAAGACCUGGAGAAAGGCUUCAAACCCAAUUUCACUGAGCGUGCUUGUCCUGUGCGUGAGUACAGAAUAGUGUCCCAGUCGAGCAGUGACAGUGGAAGUGUCCUCUCAAUCCCGACAGAGCUAUCAUCAGAUUAUCAAUGCAUGCAGAGCUAUUCAUCUACCUCCACCAUUACUGGACCUGACGAGACCUCCCCGAUUCAGUCUCCAUGUCAGGCAUAUAAUCCGGUUUAGAUGACAGUUGGUUAGUCAGAAGCUACUCAUCUAAAAGAUAAGAUGUUAAAAAAAAGGUGUUAGGACAGAAUGAGACAGUGGAAGGAGAGAUAGUGUGUUAGUGGUAGAUAGGUAAAAAGAUAGCUAUUAAAAGUUUUCUAAAAAAAAUUAAGAUUUAGACUCUUUUUGAGAUAUAACAGAUGUGUUAAUGCUAUGUAUUGUGGUGGAAAGAAAGAUGUGGAAAAGGAGUACAUUUUACAACAUGAUUGUGAUUUAUACAAUAUUUACAUUUUGUUACGAGUCCAUACAUAUAAUCAUAUAAAAAAUCAUACUAUUAUUCAGAUGAAUGUUAUGUGUAACUCAAGCUGCUCAGAAUAAGGAGAGAGAGAUUGGUUUAAGAGCAUUUUUGUCAUUUAUUUGAAUAUGAUAGUCAAGAACAACAUAUGUUGUUUUUAGGAUGGUGCAGAAGGCUUGAGAUUAAAAAGAUUGCAGCUAUAGAUAAAGUUUCUGAUACGUAUAUUCUCAGAAUCAAUAUUGAACGACUCAUAUCUAUCGGUCUCUGGCGUUGUUUUUGGAAACUUUUAACUUUUUUUAAUACUUUCUCCCACUUUCAUUUAAUUAGUUUUGUUCUAUGGCAGAUGCUAGAAAAUUUUGUUUAAUGUAUGUGAAACUGCUGUUUAAGAUAUUUGAUCACAUAUUGUAUUUGAUGUUUCAAAUUGAAUGUAAUUCAUUUGCAAUAAUUAAAAAAAAAAGUAUGUCUA